UGUUGGGUCUACAGCUUCUGGAUUUAGGAGUUGAAUUGACUAGUUCAGGAAGCAUAUAUGGCAAGUCUAGCACUUAAAAAAUCACUUUAGGAUCAUCAGGAUGACAUGAUAAGGUUGUGUUUAAUGAGCCACCACCAACCAAGAGGGCAAGACGGAGUAGGUAACACAGCUAUUAAUUUGAUUUUACUGCUGAAAUAUGUACCCUGUUCCUCCCAGGACCACCAGAGGUUGUGACAUCAUGGAGGGUGGCAGUUCAUUCAAGGAAGUUGGCACUUCAUCCACUCCUGAAGGUCAAUCAAACAGAAAAAUGUCUGAGAUGGACACACUACGGCAAAUGUACAAGGAGAAGUCAUCAAAGAUUCAAGAACUAAAGGCUGAAAUUGAGUUGGUGAAGCAUCAAUUGGAGAAGGAUAGUCCAGAUGAAUGUGUGAAGGGUUUCAAAGCAUUAAGUGAAAAAUAUGAGAAGCUAAGGACUGAGUACAAUGCAUUACUGCCCAAAAAGGGGGACCCAGGGAUAUAGAUAAUUACCCUGUUGAGAAUCAUUCUUAACUCUCUGUUUAUGCAAGUAGUGGAUCUUAGAACACAGUGUAUAACUGGAACUAUGCGACUCUUUUUUAACUCUUUUAGC